ACAGAAAGUGAGUUCAACAACAAGGCAAGUGGUGUCAAUUGGGUUUGAAUGGUUAGUUGUAUCGGAUAUUCUUCGACUAUUUGCUUCAUUAGUUCAGAAAAUAUCAACUUCGGGCUUGAAUACUCGGGAAUUUUAUGUAUAGGUCUGACAAUUAUUGUUAUCAUCAUGGAUGGUCGUGGUCAGCCAAAUGAUAUUCAGGAAGAACUGGACUCGGUGGAGGCGGAGCUUGAGUUGGUAGAGUUACAGAUCGCAGAGCUCCUUGAGAAGAAAACCGAGUUGACUUCUCGUAAGAAUGCGCUGCUGUCUAAACUGGAGGAUGCCUGUGAAUCUGCAUCUGCAUCAUCUUCAUCAAGCAAGUCUUCCAAAGCUGCUUCCGUCAUGAGCAACGAGGAAAUGCAGCAAUAUGAAUGCACAGAUUUUGCCUGGUCCCAGGAUUUGACGCAGCAACUAACGGAAUCCUUCCACCUGUCCAACUUCAGACCAGUACAGUUGAAGGCCAUCAAUCUGACUAUGGCAGGGAAAGAUCUAUUUAUUGUGAUGCCCACAGGCAGAGGAAAAAGCCUCUGCUAUCAGCUUCCAGCUAUCUGUUCUGACGGUUUUACACUGGUUGUGACCCCAUUGGUGUCGCUAAUGGAGGAUCAGACCAUGUACCUGAAGUCCAUUGGCUUGUCAGCAGUAAUGCUGAAUGCUUCCAGUACCAAGGAGCACUCUAAGGCAGUGAUGGCUGGUAUGAUUGACAAGAAGGCCCAAUUUAAGAUGCUUUAUGUGACUCCAGAAAAGAUUGCCAAGAGCAAGAUGUUUAUGUCUCGUCUGGAGAAAGCCAACAAUGCAGGCCUGCUGAGUCGCAUCGCUGUGGACGAGGUGCACUGCUGCAGCCAGUGGGGACAUGACUUCAGACCAGAUUACAAACGUCUCGGCAUCCUUAAGAGGCAGUUCCCCAAGGUACCACUGAUUGGGCUCACAGCCACAGCAACCAGCAGCAUCCUCAAGGACUGUGGCGAGAUUCUGUGUGUACAAAACCCAGUCACACUCAAAGUGUCCUUCCACCGAAGCAAUCUAUAUUAUGAGGUUCGUGUUAAAAUUUCUGACAUCGCAAUGAUGAAUGACAUUACCUCACUGAUUAAGAACCGAUACAAGGACCAGUCAGGGAUCAUAUAUGUGCUGUCUCAGAAGGAUGCAGACUCUGUGUCUGCUGAACUACAGCAAAGGGACAUCAUAGCCUAUCCCUACCAUGCAAAUAUGAAUCCUGACGAUAAGUCUCGUAUUCAUCGCAAAUGGACCUCAGGGAAAAUCCAGGUGGUGGUUGCCACGGUGGCAUUUGGUAUGGGCAUCGACAAGGCCGAUGUCAGGUUUGUCAUCCAUCACACCAUCAGCAAAUCAAUUGAAAACUACUAUCAGGAGAGUGGACGUGCAGGUCGAGAUGAUCUUCCAGCAGACUGCAUUGCCUACUUUGGCUUUGCUGAUAUCUUUCGCAUCAGCACCAUGGUGGUGAUGGAAAAUGUUGGUCACAAAAAGCUGAUGGAGAUGGUGUCCUACUGCCAGAGUGUGGACAGGUGUCGCAGCUCUGUCAUGGCUGCCCAUUUUGAUGAAGUGUGGGACGACAUAGGAUGCAACAGCAUGUGUGAUGUGUGCCGCAAUGCAGAAGACUUCCUUACCUUGGACAUUACCAAACAUGCCAAGCAACUGGUGCAGAUUUUGGAACUGGCAGCAUCCAUGGAUGAGAAGCUGACACCUCUAAAGUUGGUAGAAGCCUGGAUGGGGAAGGGCCCCACCAAGCACAGGAAGCUCAUGGAGACUUCCACACUGUCUCGGUUACAGGCCGAGGAUGUGAUCAUCCAACUGCUGCUCCAAGAAUACUUCAGGGGAGAAUUCAGUUUCACGCCAUAUACGACCCACUGUUAUUUAAAGCUGGGCCGCAAAGCACCCCUGCUCAAGAGCCCAACUCACACGCUCAGCAUGAAGAUGCGUGCAACACAUGAUGGGCAUUCAUUGGAUGUGUCUCCUAAUAAGGAGGACAUUGACGUGGUCACUAACUCCAUUGCCGCUUCAAGGCAGAAACAAAAAGCCCACAAGGACUUGUCCAGGCCAGCUGAACAAGACAAAUGCACACAUAUGUACGCAGCUGGAGACUGUCCGAACAUUAUGGCCCAACAUAUCGUUGAGGUUGAAGUUGAAAUAAACAUACCAAAACAAAAAUCCAGCAGCCCUCAAAGACAGAGAAAGAAAGCCCACGCUUAUAGAACAACAGUGCCUACAGUGUCCAGCUCUCCAUCCCGGACCUCCGUUAUUUCCGAAACUGCAGCCGAGGAGCUGUGUGACCUGAGGAAGUACUACAGCAAACAGCUUCGCAGGAUAAACUACAUCUCCCAUGAGUACUUGGGCCAACCUGCUGAGUCGGAUGCGCUGGCUUGUAUACGGGAACCCUUCAGGUCCCUGCGACUUCCCCGCAGGACGACAAUCACCCAGACGGCCAGAAGCCUGUGGACACGUGUCAGUAGUAGGAGGAAACUGGUGCACAGGUGACACCAUCAAUGCUUUUCUGCUGCAGUUUUGUCGGAAACCACUCUGCAAGUAAGCGUGUUUGUUAUGAAGACAGCACAGAUAUACAGUACAUGAUCACAGACACAUAAAGUACAAUUUAAAAAAACUGUAAUGUCAUGUUUACAGCUUUUAAGGUGGGCGGGGUUUGACUAUCAUCGACACAAACACGCAGUGUUACUCCACAAUAUAAUUUGGCAAUUGGCAUGCAUACAUACACAGUGUGUGUGUGUGUGGUCUAUUUAAAAAAAUUGGACACACAGCGUAUCAAUCUGUGGCGCGAUCGCUACUCAACACUAAUAAUUUGCGUGCAAAUAUGCACAGUGUGUGUGUGUGCGGGGAGAGGAGGGUUAACAAACACAAAAACACACACAGUGUAACAGACUGGUGCAAUCACUACUCAACACAACAGUAACAUUUAGUGUACAAACAUGCACAGUGUGGGCUAGCAUACACAGAAAUGCACGCACACAGUGUAACAAUGUAGUGUGAUUGCUACUCAACAGUAACAUUUGGCGUGCAACCAUGCACUGUGU